AUGGUAAAAGCCGGUAAAGCAUUAAAUGCUUUUUUUCCAAAAAUGAUUCACUUAACGUGUUUAGCACACGUAUUUCACCGAAUAGCAGAAACUAUAAGAUCAAAAUUUACAAAAGUUGAUGAGUUAAUAUCUGCAGUCAAAAAGAUAUUUCUAAAAGCUCCCAGCCGUGUCGAAAUAUUUAAAAAUAUGUACCCAGAUCUAAGCCUUCCUCCACAACCAAUUGUAACUAGAUGGGGCACUUGGUUGAAUGCCGCUAAUUAUUAUUGCCAAAACUUCCAAGAAAUCAAAAAUGUUGUUGCUGAACUCGAUGCAACUACUUCAAUGCAUAUUGAAAAAGCUGAAAUUCUUUUAGAAAAUAAUGAUUUAAAAAAUGAAUUAAUAAACAUUUCUGUUAAUUAUUAUUUUUUGGUUGAUGUCAUUACGAAAUUAGAAACUCGAGACUUAAAUUUAGUAGAAAGUUUAAGUGUAGUAGAGGAAGCGGUAAAAAGACUUGAAAAAGUUCAAGGUCCAAUUGGCGAUAUUGUAAACUCUAAAGUUAAAGAUGUACUACAAAAAAAUUCCGGUCUAGCAGAAAUGAAAGCUAUUAAGAAUAUUCUGACUGGUAUUUCGUCUGAAGCUUCAUUGGAUGUAGAACUUUCUCCUUCAGACAUAGUCAACAUGCAAUAUUGUCCUAUAACAUCAGUCGAAGUUGAGAGAUCUUUCAGUCGAUAUAAAUCAAUUUUACGACAUAAUCGGCGAUCUUUCGAAUUCGAAAAUUUAAAAAUGCAUGUCAUUAUUAAUUGUAACCAUAAUAAUUAG